AUGGGCUCAUCAUCAAACACAUCAUCACCUACAGACUCGGUGUUUCAUGUAUGUGUCAGCGAGUCAACAUGCCAUCGUCAUCCUCCUAGUGUCUUACCAAAGAAGCAACAACCUAUCCUUGAUGAACGAGUACCUGUACCUCCGUUACAUGCUAUGCCUAUCAAGAAACGCCCUUUACAGCAUCCUGAUAACAAUGACAACAACAAAGGAAUAAAGCGCAGGAAAAGAGGACUUGAUGAUCCUGUGUCAUUGGUAUCUCUCAGCAUCCAUAAGCCAAGGCGACGUACAAACAAACGACAUCCUACCACCAAAAAAGCGGAGACAAAUGCCGCUCUUGCGUACGACACGAUCGAUCCUGAAGCACCGGAAUCCAAAGUAUUUGAUGCAAGCUGCUGGAUCCCUGAUAUCCACGUUUUCGAUGCCAAGCCUACUGUCAGUGUCCGAUGGAAAGGGACCCCAUUGGAUAUUCGAUCAUGCAAAUAUUAUGAAAGGUUGCAUCCAGGCGAAGUGGCCAUUGCUUCUACAUUGCGUUUAUUUCCAGAACAGUAUAUCCGAUGCAAGCGUGCACUCAUUCUUGCAGCCCAAGAUGCCUAUAAGAAUAACACACCAUUUCGUAAAUCAGAGGCACAAAAGCUAUGCCGUAUCGAUGUCAACAAGAUCAGCCAUCUUUGGAGUGCCUUUGGUAGGCUUGGUUGGCUUGGCCCCAAAUGGCCUGGCAGUAACAUGAUCAACAACAACAACAACGGUAGUGCCACAUUAUAA